UUCCUGAGGAGAGAUCGGAAAAUGGCGGACGAAGCUUUAGGAAAAGCAGGACUUCACUUCGACGAGCUCAAUAAAAUCAGAGUUCUCGAUCCUGAGGUGUCUACAACUACAACAGAGCUGAAGGAAGAAUGCAAGGAUUUUGUGGACAAAAUUGCAGAGUUUCAGAAGAUAGUAGGGAGCUUCAUAGAGAUGGUGGACAAGCUUGCCAAGGAGGUGGAGAAAGAAAAGAUGAAGGCAAUCGGUAACAGGAACCAGCUGAAGUCCAUGGCCAAACAGAGGGAAGCUCAGGAGCAGCAGCUACAAGCUCUUAUAUCAGAGAAGAAAACACAGCUAGAAAGAUAUCGUGUUCAAUACGAGGCCCUACUAAAGGACGAGGCAGAACAACAGGAGUUUGUGGAGCAAUUCAUCUUACAGAAGUAGACCAGCAGCACACAUGUGUUAUACCUGCACAUAUAUCAAUACAUUUGUAUUUGUAUUGGGCAAUGCCAGUGUCAGUACAGGGCUUUGAAAUAUAAGUCGACGGACAGCUCAAAACCAAACCUCUGAUGAUGAUGAUGGGUCAUUUACUAAAGUUUGAAUUUUGAUAUAAGCAAGUGUCAUCUUAAUUAAAGAAAAAAAAUAGCUCCGAAAAAUAAGUUUAAUGUCUCUUGCUUUUACUUUGUUUGCCCAGAAAAAUUAGGAAAGGAGAGAAUGAGAACCAAGCUCUUAUUAUUAGUCUUUAAGUAAACUGGCAUUGCCCAACAGAAAAAGGAUGUAAAGAAUGUCGACAAAAUUUUCUUUGUUAAUGGUCUGUUUAAAGUCCUACAAAAUAGGGUACGGUUUUUUAGUAUAUUGGAUACCAAAUAGAUUCCUGUGUGAGUACUGUACAUAUAUAUUUUGUUGUAAAUCAGCAAACAAAUCUAUUUUAGUGAACCCUGUUCAGAUGUAUAUACUUGACUUUCAUGAAUAGAUGGUUCAUUUAUAUCUGAUCUAGUAGCACUGUUUACAACUGGAAAAGAUGCACAUUCCAAUAUGCACUGUUGUGAGUGGAGUUCUUUGAAUUUAGAUGUCAUUUUUCAAUACUUCUCACAGAACCUGUUGUCAUUCCAUAGACUGGACAUGGUAAUUUACCAAGUCAGACCAUUGUCACAUAUCUAAUAAAGCAUGUAUUAUACA